AUGAAAUGUCUAAUUAACCAUUGCCUCACACCAGAGAAGGGCGCCUACCGUGCGGUCGUGCCUGCGCUCUGCGAUGCUGGCAUGCUCGAUAAAGCAACUCACGUUCUCUACUCCAUGCUGUGGCGCGUGUCGCGGAGGGGGUGUGACGCAGAUGUGGUGGUGUACCGGGCGUUGCUGGUGGCACUCUGUGCGGCUGGCCGAGGUGAGCAGGCAGAGCUAGUGCUGGAUAAAGUACUGAGGAAGGGGUUGAGAUCUUCGGGUAGCCGGCGCUCUCUCCGUGUUCCCAUGCUUGCUGGGCUUAGCAUCGAGGAUGCACAGGAAGUCAUCGAUAAGACAUUGGUUAUUCGAGGCGGACGUACUGUUGCAAGCUUUGAAGUUAUGUUUAUUGACCUCUAUGACGAGGGAAGAUUGAAUGAGGCAGAGAAUUUGUUUGAGGAGAUGGGCAAGAAGGGGUUCAAGCCAACGUUAUGCAUGUAUGAGGCAAAGAUCGCUUCUUUAUGCAGGGAAGGCAGGUUAGAUGAGGCUGUGAAGGUGCUGGAGGAGGAGUUGCCCAAGAACGAUCUUGUUCCGACGGUCGCAACAUAUAACUCGCUAAUGAGGGGUCUUUGCAACAUGAUGCAAUCAACGAGGGCACUCAGAUACCUUGGAAGGAUGGAUAAACAGCUUGGCUGUGUUGCUCGGAAGGAGACUUUCUCAAUCUUGGUCAAUGUUCGUCUUGUUAUUUCUGCGGUUCCAAAAGGAAUUUUUGUCUUGUUAUUUCUGCAGUUCCAGAAGGAAUUUUUGUAAGUAAUUAGUUGCCACAGGUAGUAACGUUAUUGAAUGAUUCUAUAUACUUUGAUGUUAAUGUCUGCA